AUGCAGCAUACGAAUGCUUCAACUCCAUCGGGUUUUGCUUCCUCAAUUCGCGAUCGUUUUGAAAUUGCUGCAUCGUCGAUUAAUCGCGAUCUGCAUCAAAUUCUCGAUCGAUCUGCCUUAGUUUUCGCAAUUCCUUCAAUUCACGAUCUGCCUCAAUUGUCAUCCAUGGAGAAUUCCACACGUGAAAUUCAUCAGCAUCUCGAUGGAGUAGGAAAAACACCGACAAAUUCUGCGGUUGAAGAUGGAUCUUCAUCGACCAAUAAUGAAGAAGCUAGUUUUGGAUCAAUUCUGGAUGAUCUACAAUAUCAAGGAGGCACUCUAUUCGAUACAGAUUCAGAUUCAGAGCUAGAAGGAGAAAGUAACUCAGCUGAAGUGUCAUACUUACCUGAUUGUCCAUCCCAGCUGAAGCCUUACAUUGGACAGAUUUUUCUUAGACUUGAUGAUGCUACUGAGUUCUACAAUAAGUAUGCACGACAUAUUGGGUUUGACACUCGUAAACAUGGAUCAAAAAAGAAGGGGGAUCAUGUCACAUGGUUGUAUGUUGUGUGCAGUAGAGAAGGAAUUGGUUAUGUUAUCAAUAAAUUUGAUGAAAUACAUAAUCAUGAUAUGGUGGAGUUACGCCAUAAGCGAUUCAUGAGGCUGAAUCGCAACAUUGACCUAUUGCACCAGAAAUUUAUACUAGAUUGUGCAAGUGCAAACAUAGGCCCUACAUUGAAUUUUAAGUUGCUGAAUGAGGUUCUUGGUUGGCUGGAUUAUGUUGGUUGCAUGGUAGUAGAAGUUAUAAACUAUAGGCGCGACUUGAGAGCAAAUACUAGUAGGACAGAUGCACAAAUGGUACUCAAUGAGAUGAGCCAAAAGAAAGAGAAUUGUCCAGCAUUCACCUAUGAUUUUGAGGUGAACUCUAAGGAUAGGCUCACUCAUCUUUUCUGGUGUGAUACCAUUGCUAAGAAGAAUUUCCAUCUCUACGGUGAUAUAGUAUUGUUUGACACAACCUAUUCAACUAAUAGGUACGAACAGUACUGCAUGAUAUUUGCACCGUUCACAGGAAAAGACAAUCAUGGGAGACCUGUAGCAUUUGGUGCAGGCUUAUUAUCUAAAGAAAAUGCUGAUUCCUUCUCAUGGUUGUUUGAACGUUUUGUCAAAUGUAUGGGUUCUGCACCAAAAUUGAUCAUUACUGAUCAGGAUUUGGGAAUGAAGAUUGCUGUUGUGGAAGAGUUACCAAAGAAUCUACUUGGCAAUGAAGACUUGAAAAAGGAGUUAAACAAUUGUGUGUGGUCUGAGUUGAUAGAGCCUGAAGAAUUUGCUGAAGAAUGGAAUAAAGUAAUGGAAAAAUAUGGGCUUAAGGACAAUGAGUGGUUUUCCUCAAUGUUUGCCUCACGAAAAUUUUGGGUGCCUGCAUUCUUUAGGGAUUUUCCAAUGAGUUCACUAAUAAAGACAACAUCAAUAUCUGAAUCUCAGAACAUAUUCUUCAAGAGGUACUCCAAGUCUCGUUCUAAUCUUGUUGAAUUUCUUAUGAAUUACAACAAUGCAUUGGAUGGCCAAAGGAGCAACAACAAUAGGCUAGAAUACUUGGAUUUUAAUACAAUUCCAACUUUGAAAACAAAUUCAGCCCUCGAGAAGCAUGCUUCGACAAUAUAUAGUGAUAGUGGUUUCAAACUAAUUCAAAGUGCGAUUGAGGAAGCAGUGGACAAUGUCACUAUGGUGUCAGUGUCAAUCAUUGGUGAGAAUGAGAUUUAUGUAGUCAACGACAAGUUCUCGAAGAACUGGACUGUGUCAUACUCCACAUCUUUUGAUUCAUAUGCAUGUAGUUGUAAGAUGUUUGGGAGGAUUAGGCUUGUAUGCAGUCACAUUUUUUGGGUCUUGAGAAACAAAAAAAUGAAAUUAAUCCCUAAUGAGUUACAUGGAGGACGUUGGUUGAAGUCUAAAUUUGUCAAGGUUGUGCAUUGUGGGUUUGAUGAGGAUAUUGAAACAUUUAUUGUUGUGGAUGAGAAAAAGCAGGAGUAUAGAGAUAUGCAUGGAGAUUUUUAUGAUAUUGCACGGCUUAUUGAAGGAGAUGGUGAUAAAAUUCGAGCAUUUAGACAAAUUAUGGCUGAAGGGAGAAAAGAAGUACUUGGUGAGGGAAGUGUGUUGUCAAUUAGUGAAAAGAGACUAAUGAUUGAGAAGUUUUAUGGAUCACAUGUCCCUAGUCAAAUAGAUGUUCAUCCGCCAGAUGUCGUCAAAACCAAAGGUUCAGGUCGACGUCUUUCCCGGCUUGAGAAGGAAAUGAGAGAGAUGUCCAAGCCUGGUCGGAAAUGUGGAAAAUGUGGCGUGGUUGGUCGGCAUGAUUUAAGAAAUUGUGACAAGAUACAAGAGGAGAAGAACAAGAAAAAGAGGAGAAACCAAUGUUGA